AUGCACCACAAGGCCCUCCUUAUCUCACUUGCCUCCACGGCACUUGCUCUUCACGGCUCCUCUUCCCACUCUCACUUGGGAAAGCGCUUCACCUUCCCCCUUCCCUCGUCCAAGGGCAGCGUCACCUUUGAUGCACCCAAAAUCAUCAGCGGCAACACCACCUUUGAUGGUGGCAUGAAGACCUAUGGUCGUGGAGUGGAGUGCACCGAGGGUGAAGGCGGCGACAGCGACGCGGUCUUCUGGGUUGAGAAUGGAGGCACUCUCAAGAACGCCAUCAUCGGCGCCGACCAGAUCGAGGGCGUCCACUGCAUGGGAGCCUGCACGAUCGAGAAUGUCUGGUGGGAGGCCGUGUGUGAAGACGCACUGUCCUUGAAGGAAGGCAGCGGACCUUUCACCGUCAUCGGUGGCGGUGCCCAGGGUGCCGAGGAUAAAGUGAUCCAGCACAACUCGGGUGGCACUGUCAGCAUUGACGGCUUCACCGUCUACAACUUCGGCAAGCUGUACCGGUCCUGCGGGAACUGCGAUGAGAUGUUCGAGCGUCACGUUACUGUGUCGGGCGUCACCGCCGUCCAGGGCAGCACCUUGGUCGGGAUUAACAGCAACUACGGCGAUACCGCCACCAUCAAGGGAGACGUCUGUGCCACGGAUGUUGAUACCAUCUGCCAGGAGUAUGAAGGCAACAGCUCUGGAGAAGAGCCGCCGGAGACCGGCUCUGGACCUAGCUCUGCCUGCAAGUAUUCGGAGCCUCUGCCCGCAUGCUAG